AUGUCCGAAUUAUUUGAUAUCAACCGAGGCCAGCUUCAAAAAAUUUUCGAUUCUCACCAGCAAAAUAAAGAACUUGGGUUUAAUGAUAUUUUGAAAUUCUGCAGCUCAGCAAGAAUUUUUCCAGACCUUUUAACUUCACAGAGCAUAAGGAAAAUAGUAAUUUAUUCAUCUGGAGUCCCAAUCGGUACUGAAUCUUCAGCAAAGCUUAAUUAUCUUCAAUUCGAGAAAUUAUUAAAAUUAAUAGCUCAGCAAUGCUUCAAAUCUAGGAAAGGCGGCAACGACGAGUACCAGUUGUUCUUUUCGCACAUAAAGAAUUCAUGUCAUAUCAGAUACAGAGUCGAUUUCGAAACAAUUGCACCAGUCAAAAAAACUUCAAAGUCACUUAUCGAAAAGAAGAUUCCCAAGCUUAAUUUUGAGCAUUUUGUGGGCGAUCAAGAUAGUAAAAGUAAUGCGGCUGCAUUAUUCAGACCAUCAACUACACGAAAUUCAAAAUCUUCAUUGUUUAUACACAAAUAAAAAUGGUGACUGCUCUGACCCGUCCUUCUCCCACUGCCUCGGGCUUUGUGGGUCUAAGAGGGAUGGGGCCUGGAGAAUUUGUGUCCGGGGUAGGUUUUUUCUCCCUGGCCAGGACACCAUGGCAGGGUUUUUUACCUCAACCUAUGACAAGAAGACCAGAGUCGCAAAGGCAACCCCACACUCCUGACAACGAAGGUAGUAAUGGAGGACAGGAGGAGGCUUCAGAACACCUACCGUCUCCCACCUCCGGACGGACGGGCUGACCGAUAGGAGUUGCCCCAAGAAGUACUUGGGUGCGUCACCUCGAGAGCGCUGACGUCACCAUUUUUUGGUGACGUCGACAAAAAAGGCGUAAGUGCUAUUCCAUGCUUAGGCCGAGAGGCUGAAGUGGGAGAAGGCGGCGAGUGGCUGAAAUAAACCGCGAAGACCCUCACGAACUUAAUCUAAUCUAAUCUAAUCUAAUCAUUGUUUAUGUUUGGCGAUUCCCCAUCAAAAUUGAGCUUGCUCAGCGAAAAACUAAAAAAAUUCCACGAAGCGAGUUCUCCCAAAGUAAGGAAUUCGUCAUUAAGCAAAAAAGUUCCUGCAGAUAAAACUUUUGGAAGAUCUUUAACUCGACCGUCCCCGAAACCUCCUUUGACAGACAGAAUGAGGAAAAACAACGGGUCAUCAUUUGUCUAUUCAGAAAGUCCGAGCCCAGUCCCACUUAAACAAGUAAAAGAUAUUUUUUCGAAAUUUAAGAUGCAAUGCGAGAAAACAUUCCAAGUAAAAAAGCCAACGAAAAUUCUUUUUACAGAUAUACAAAGAAUGAUGGAGAUCAGAGAGAAAAGAAAAAUGAGAAUGGCCCAAGUAAGACUGAGUUUUAAUCUUUGGAAAUGUUUGACUAAAUUAAUGUAA